AUGAGACUCUGGCAGCAGCAACCCAAGAUUCGGACCUUCUGGAGGCAAUCACAAUCAUGCUUCCUACGGGCGCAUCCACGACCCUCUAACCACUUCGGGCAUCACCGUCGAGCCAACUUCGCGACUGAUGUACCACCACGUUUAUCGGGAAAUUCUAUCUCAACCCCGAUGCUCAUCUUCGGCACUGUCGUUGCAACCGCGACGGUGACCGUCCUUGCGUCUGAGGCUUGGCGCGCGAAACCAACUCAGAACGAGGUUCGGGAUGUUCGCUCCGGGUCGAAAUAUGCGGACGUGCCGACUAUGCUGCAGGCCGUUGAGGAGAUAAAGAAAGUCAUCGGGGACGAAAAUGUCAGCGUCGACUUCGACGACAUCGAGGCCCAUGGAUACUCGGAAUGGUCGACAUCCAACACGACAUCCCGACCUGUUGCUGUCGCGAGCCCCGAGACCACGGCAGAAGUAUCCGAGAUCGCAAAGAUAUGCACCAAAUACAAGAUCCCCAUGGUGCCGUUUGGCGCGGGGUCCAGCGUGGAGGGGAAUUUCUCCUCCCCGCACUCGGGAAUCUGCAUUGACCUGGGACGGAUGGACAAGGUCAUCGAGCUGUAUGAGCAGGACAUGAAUGUGAAAGUGCAGGCGGGGGUGCGCUGGGUGGACCUCAACGAGGAGAUCAAAUCUACUGGUCUAUUUCUGCCCAUGGACCCCAGUCCGACGGCGUAUGUGGGUGGGAUGGUUGCGACUAAUUGCAGUGGCACUAAUGCGAUGAGAUAUGGGACGAUGAAGGACUGGGUGGUGAAUCUCACUGUCGUGCUUCCGGAUGGGACGGUGGUGAAGACGAAAAGACGGCCGCGGAAGUCGUCGGCCGGGUAUAAUUUGAACGCUUUGUUUACGGGGUCGGAAGGGACCCUGGGGAUCAUCACGGAGGCGACGCUGAAACUGGCGGUGAUUCCGGAGGAGAGCAGUGUGGGGAUUGCGACGUUCCCCACGGUCGGGGAUGCGACGGCUGCGGCGUCGAGGUUGAUCCGCGAUGGAGUUCCUUUGGCUGCGUUGGAGUUCAUGGACGAUGUGCAGAUGAAGAUUGUCAACCGGAAUGGUGGAGCUGGGGGGAGAUACUGGUCUGAGGCACCGACGCUAUUUCUGAAAUUCACGGGAACGCAAGCAGGAAUUAAUGACAGUAUCCAACGGACCCGGAGUAUCCUAAGCAGCAACAAAAGCAAGGAACUUGUUUUCGCGAAGUCUCAAGAAGAAGGUGAUACCCUCUGGGCGGCCCGAAAGCAGGCACUGUGGGCCAUGCUAGCCGUCAGACCGGAAGGAACCGAGAUCUGGUCGACUGAUGUCGCCGUACCGAUCUCGCGGUUGGCUGAGAUUGUUGAACUAUCAAAAACAGAGUCCAGCAAUCUGGGGCUUUUCUCAACCGUUCUAGGGCACGUCGGAGAUGGCAACUUUCACCAAGCGGUGAUGUACGACCCACGUAGCCCUGAACAAUACCAGGCGGUCAAAUCAUGUGUCUCGAGGAUGAUGCAGAGAGCACUGGAGAUGGAAGGGACGGUUUCUGGUGAACAUGGCAUUGGCAUUGGGAAAAAGGGUUAUCUGGAAGAAGAGUUGGGUGCGACAACAAUGGAAAUGAUGAGGGCGUUGAAGAGAAGCGUCGAUCCUCAUUGGCUAAUGAAUCCUGGAAAGGUCUUUGAUGAGACCUCGAGCAGUUAA